CUUGGGUUGCGUGGCAUGGAGAUUCCGAGUGAGUCAUUUCUUUUAAGCGGAGUGCUUGGUGUAUUGAUCUUUUUUGGAAAGGGAGUGUUAAGUGAUUUAUUAGAUAAUCGAAAACAGAGGAUCUUGAAUACUAUUCGAAAUUCAGAAGAACUACGCGGAGGAGCCAUUGAACAGCUGGAAAAAGCCCGGGCUCGCUUGCGGAAAGUGGAAAUGGAAGCAGAUCAGUUUCGCGUGAAUGGAUACUCUGAGAUAGAGCGAGAAAAAUUGAAUUUGAUUAAUUCAACUUAUAAGACUUUGGAACAAUUAGAAAAUUACAAAAAUGAAACCAUUAAUUUUGAACAACAAAGGGCAAUUAAUCAAGUCCGACAACGGGUUUUCCAACAAGCCCUGCAAGGGGCUCUAGGAACUCUGAAUAGUUGUUUGAAUAACGAGUUACAUUUACGUACCAUCAGUGCCAAUAUUGGCAUCUUUGGGGCGAUGAAAGAAAUAACUGAUUAG